UCUCACUCGGCCGCCAUAACAUAACGAACGUAGCGUGACUACGGAGCGAGAGAGCAGCCCGAGACGCGCGCGUGUGAAUUAGUCGUGUCCGCGGAACGCGUCGCGUAUAUACAACGGAAAAAACACGAGACCGUGUGCAUAUUGGAUUGGAGCGACGGACAGAAGGAAGAAGAAUAAUAACCGCGUGUGUAUUUUCCGCGAUCGAUGCGAAACUUGCGAUCGCGAAAGUAAAAAGAGCAGCAAGGAAAAGUUCGCGGUGCAGUGCGCGACCGUUAAAAAGUUACGCGAGCAUACGCAGUUUUUUAAGAGCAGGCGUGCGAGAAGGAGAAAGAGAGAAAGCAGUAUAGUAGCGUCAGUGUGUCUAUUGUACAUAUCACAGUACAUCGUCAGCAGCAGUAUAGCAGCAACAGCAUCAGCGGUGGAGUCGCUCGGUGGCGACUUUAAUGGUGUCGGUAUGCAGCAUCGCGACGAGCCGCGGCAUCAGCUUCUCGACGACGAGGAGCUGAACGUCAGCUGCCGUACAACCGGCAGCUCCGGCUGUGACGUCGACGACCUCACCGGCCUCGACUCUUCGUCCGAGGACCUCGAGGCCAGCUCUUUGUCGUCUCAUCGACAUAGUGCUACUGGUCUGUUUUUGCCCCAGCCGAGGAAAUUGUUCGAGCAAAACAUGGACUUUAGCGACGACGAGUUGCCGGUCGCCAGCGGCUCUGGACAUCUGCCCAGCGACAAGACGCCCUCCUCGACUGCGCUGACAGGUCCCAUGGGAAUCAAAGCAAGUCACAGAGAGGGAACGCAGCCCAGAGCCAGUAGUAUGGCUUGUAGUCCACCUUACAAGCGAGUCAGGGCUCUGCGACUGUUUGAUUCUCCAGCAACACCGAAAACCCUAAUAGAAAAAAGCGCAAUGCACACACCCAUACCAAACAAAUGUUCAAGACUAUUUCAUCCAGAUAAACCCAAAGCAGUUCCAACCUGUUACCACAACAAAUCUGACAAACCAAGCGCAAACAUAAAUCCAUUUACUCCUAAUGGAAUGCUUUUAACAGCAAGAAAAAGGAGCAGAUCCAAACGAAGUUUGAUUGGAUCACCAGAACUAAGAAUACCCAAGUUCGACCUCGUAGACUCGGAAGAAUCAGACAACGACCUGGAGCAGCCGACGAAGCGCGUGGCUUUGCAGGAGUCGAAUAUCUCGCGCUACUAUCAGGAAUUCCUCGAGCUUGAACUUCUUGGCAGUGGUGAGUUUGGCUCGGUCUACAAGUGCACGCACCGGCUCGACGGUUGUAACUACGCCGUGAAGAAGAGCAUCAAGCCGGUGGCAGGUAGCGCCAGCGAGAAGAACGCCCUGAACGAGGUCUACGCGCACGCGGUGCUCGGCAAACACCAACACGUCGUUAGAUACUACUCGGCCUGGGCGGAGGACAAUCACAUGAUUAUACAAAACGAGUACUGCAACGGCGGCAGCCUCGCCGAUGCCAUCAGCAAGAUGAGGCAGGAGAAGAGGCACUACUCCGAGGCGGAGCUAAGGCAGUUGUUGCUACACGUAGCCGAGGGUCUUAGAUAUAUUCACAGCAUGCAGUUAGUUCACAUGGACAUAAAGCCGGGCAACAUUUUCAUAUCGCGCGAGAAAAGCCAGCUGCGAGUGAAUUAUGACUCGGCUGACGACGGUUUUGACGAAGAAGAGACUGAGGAGGAGAUCACCUACAAGAUCGGCGAUCUGGGUCAUGUCACUUCGAUAAACAACCCGCAGGUGGAGGAGGGCGACUGCAGGUAUUUACCGACUGAAAUCCUCCACGAGGACUUCAUGCACCUGACCAAGGCCGACAUAUUCGCCCUGGGACUGACUAUGUACGAAGCCGGCGGCGGUGGACCACUGCCUAAGAAUGGCCCUGAAUGGCACGAUAUCAGAAACGGCAACCUCGCAGAACUGCCUCAAUACAGCAGAGAUUUCAAUGAAUUGCUCAAGUUAAUGAUACAUCCAAAUCCAGAAAUGCGGCCAUCGGCGGUGAGUCUGAUUCAACACAGAGUCCUUAGCCCGAAUGGCAAUAAAACAAAAGCCCAGCUUCGCCGCGAGCUUAACGCUGAACGCCUUAAGUCUAACGCUGAGCGCAUCAAGAACGAGAUCCUUUCGAAGCAGCUCCAGGAGGCUGUUAAGUGUCUUAAGACACUUGCGCCAAACAUGGUGGCCCUGAACAACGGGCAGCUCGCGGCAAACGCCCCAGCUUCUAAUGGCGGCUACAAACUUCGGCCGUUAACCACGAGGACCUCGUCAAGGGCCAUCGGUAAGACGGCCAACAGGAGCAGCAGCACCACCAACUUUUGAAGUGACGUGCUACUGCUCCUUGUUUUCGAUUUAAAGCAGAAAAAAAUAUCUUGAGCGUGUUAAUUUUGCUCCGGGUCCCUGGCGACAGGGAGAGAAUAAUUCAGGAAUGCCUCAAAGCGAACUCGGACUUUGUUAUAUGCAGAGUGAACUUGCUUGUUUUUUUUUAACCAAGCAAAGCCUUUUUUUGCAUGAAUUAAGAUUAUUUACGCCUACAUUCCAAAGGUAUAUAUUUAUUUCGUUCCUGAUCUCAACUACAAAGAUAUAUUCUUUCAACAAUCAUUUAGAAUCUCGUAUUACAUGGAAAAUUGAAAGAUUUGUUUCGUUGAUUUUCACUAUUAUAUUAGUAACUGUAUACGAUUGUCUUACUUAAUAGUAUUAUAAGAGUAUUUUAUCUUUAGAUUUCUAGGACCAUCACUUUUGUUCUCUAUCGAUUUUACUAUUUACGUUGCAUAUCUUAUUUUACAAUACAAUCUAUAUGCGUGAGACAAUAGUUUACAGAGAUAUUCUAUUUUCUGAAUAAAAAAAUAAACAGUAAAAUUAGUCAUCGAUCAACGAGAUCUGCGCGUCUCGAUUUUUUUCAUUUUCGCCCAUGCAUCUAAUCAUGAAAUAAAAGCUGCCCUUUUGUACAGCCGUUUGAAAAUUAAAAAGCAAAAUCAGUGACGUUUUUCGCGUAUAUUUUUUUUGCUUGUAUCAUCUAUUUUUAAUCAUCACUAUACAAGAAACAAAGAAAGUCUCCGUCACUUUCGCUUUUAUGAAGUUGACCCAACAAUCUUUAUUUUAAAUAUCACCAAAUAUCUCGAUAUCCGCAAUCUAUUAAAAAAAAAUGAGCAAGUCCGCAAAUUUGACUCUGUAUAAUAUCGCGCCGCGAGUCGCGAGAGUUUUGAGUCGAUGUGUACUUCUUCGAAGAUAGGCGAUCGUAUAUAAUCCUCUUUUUAUCAAACAAAGAAAAUUAAAUUAUUUUUAUAUGGCGAUUUUAAAAAGUCUUAUAAUCUUUCUGAACAAGCUAAAUCCACUAAUUAUACACUAAUGUCCUCCUUUAAUCGCUAACAUUAUUGUGUUGUAUAGUACAUUAUAAAAGAAUAUUUUUAUAUCCAUGUAUAAUAAAGUUUAAGGGUCGAACAAGUCGUGUUUGUUUUCAGCUAGUUUAAUCAGCGUUAAUGGUUAAUUAAUUUUUUCUUGCUUGCUAAUGAAAGCAGCAACCUGCUUUCCCUACUAAUUAUUGUUAUACGACGUAUCAGCACGACCGCCGAAUGAAUGAAUCAAUUAUUAUAAGGGAGCGUGUUUCAUCGUUUUAAAAAUUUGUCAAACGAAAAAACAAAUAGCACGAGAUGGUUUUCGCGGAUUCUAUCAGCUUUUUGCACUCUAAUCACGGCAUCAUUUUUAAAGAGUCACAAGUUUGUUCAAACUUAAGUGUCCAGACUGCGAAAACGAAAAGUCAAAGCAUCAGUGCAAGCCAUCUCAAAAAAAAAAAUUUUUGUUGAUUAAUUUUUUUUUACUUAUCAUAAUUAUAAGUUAUACUCCGUUCGGUCAGUCUUUCGAUUUUCGCGCAAACGUAUGAAAAACAAAACUUGGAAUGUUAGCGCUUGCUAAAACUGAUACGAUGAGGCGUUGUGCUCUUUUACAAGCACGUGACGGAGAAAUUCAUGCGUUACAAACUUAUAUAGGCAUUCAUACUCACGAGUAUAGGCCAUUUAACGCGGCGGUGGGUAUGUAAAACAUGAACUGCGAUAUGUAUAUGUAAAUCUUCAAUCGUUUAUAAGAGUUAGCAUCAGAGAAGAGGGUAUUCUCUGGAAACAUGAACUUUUUUGCUGUGCCCGAUGAAGAUAAAUUUAGCGCUUGUAAUAUAGUAUCUUUAGGACUGCGUUACUUGUUUAACUAUUAUUAAUUAUUAUUAACUAUUAAUUAAUUGUAAUAACCUUUCUCAUAAAAAAUACCGAAGUCACGUCGAUACAAAGUGCCCCUCGCCGUUUUCGCCAUUGUUAUAUAAGUAGUCCAUACCUAACGGACGUUGAUCGACAAUGUUUAAGCGUAUGUUACAUCGGCACAUCCAUUGUUCAGAUAAAAUUUAUUGUAAACCUGCGAAGUAGUUUAAGCCAACGCACACUAUUUUUUAAACGGCUAAAAUUUGUACAAGCGCGAAUCAAAGCGUAAAGUCCAACCGUGUAUACGAGAACCAUGGAUGGUGCGAGAUCAUUGUCUGUAAAUAAAAGAAAAAAUCGAGGCUGCGAGGAUAAAGCUUGUUGAGAUAAUGACAAUUGAAAAUGUGAUCGUAGUUGGAUAUGUGUACGAAAAAUAAGGUGUUAGAAAUAUAUAAGGCAAGCAAACGUAACUGUAUUGUAUUGUUGGUGAGUGGGUGGAUCCCCGAGAGCGUAGUUUUGCCGACAAUUCGAAGCGCAAGCGACAAAAAAAAUUAUUAAUGAAGGUAGAUCAUUUGAAUGGAGGCGCGCAGGUGGCGGCGGCGGUGGCGCGCGAUUUGUUAUUUUUUAUUACACAUAUAAUAUUAUAUCAGUAAUAUUUUGUAACAAAUUGAUAAUAAAUGAAAUUCUUGAAACUUGAGAACACAAACAUCCGUGCCCAAUGGCUUUCACGUCCUUAUGCAACGAGGAAGCAUCGUGCCUUUAAAAUUAUUAUAUCAACGAAUUCUCGAUGAAUAUAUAUAUAUUAUUACUAUUAUUGUACAUUUAUUUUCUCAGUUGUAUAAUUUUUACAUCACGAAUUGUAAAUUCGUCCUGUGCUUCGUGUCUUAUUCUGUACGAUAUCGCAAGAUUAUUAACGUUAUUCCUCAUUCAUCAUGAAAUAAUUCAUUUGCCGUCUAUUUCUUUAUUCUUCAAUAAAUCAGCUCAAUGUAAUAUAAAAA